UGGUGUAGCUUUAUUUGACUUCAAAGGCUUGCUGCUGGAUGCGUGACCCCAGAGAGAAACUGUAAGCAAGUUCUCAUUAAUGUUUAUCUGCAGUUAUAAUUCAUGCUAUUAGUUAUUAAGAAGAUCUCGCACAAAUGUAGCCACCGAUACGCCUUUUGACCAGACAACGAGUCCACGGUGUAAAGUAUGUGACUUAGUGUGAUCCAUUCUUCAUUGGCCUCUUAUCAAGUCAGUCAGCAGAAAGUCGAGCUUUGCAGCUGCAUCAGCUGGUGCAUGAAAAGUCCUUCCAAUGUCUUUAGUAGAGGAUGUCCAGUAUGUGCUGCGCUUUGUCCUGGAGUACUUUGGAGUGUCACCAGACAUGUUGGUUCCAGUGUGGGACAGUCAGCUGUGCGGUCAGUAUCGCAGCAUUGUGCGCAUGAUUGGGACCAAUCUCCCACUGGCACCUAGACCACGCGUCCACUUCCAGGUCCCUCUGCUCAGCUGUGGUGAGCAGAGGAAUCAUGUCGACAUCCCUGCGGAUAAACCUGUCAUCCCCUCACUCGCUGAUGUCCUCUGGGUCUAUGAAGAUGAGGGGGACAACUUUGCCAGGACCAGGAACCAUUUGCUUCCAAAAAAGCAAAUAACUGCAAAUCAGGACAUGGUGAGAUACCCAGGACCGGCCCUGAAUCAAGCCCAGAGAGGAGGCACAUCUAUAAGGCGGACAGCUGAUCCAGACGCCCUGAAGAAGAUCACCGCGCUGGAGAGCGAGCUGCUCAAACUCCGAGCUCAGAUCGCCAUGAUUGUUACUGCUGCUCCAGGCUCAGGUCUGAUCGAGUCCCAGAAUGCACCAGGCACGCCUUUGUCUUCUCCUUCUCCUCCAGCUCUGACCUCCACACCUCGCUGUGCUGUUCCUCCUCCUCCACCACCACCACCACCACCCCUUCCCUGUCCUAACUCUUCCACCGAGUCUUUGUCUGUACGCGAGCUGAUCCGACAGCGCAGGACGGACGAGAAAGGCCCUGAUGGAAGGCGGCUGAAUCCCCAGGACUCAGAUCUCAGCAGGGGUUCGGAAGUUAAAGGGAUCCCAUCCAUGCUGCAUGUUCUCAAGGACUUAAGUCAAGUUAAAUUGCGCUCAGUGAAGAGAUCACCAGGGGGUACACCAGUCAGAAAGAGGCGCAGUAGGGGAGGUGCAGCAUCUGUUAAUGACCCAGCCGCUCUGAUUGCUGAAGCACUAAAGAGAAAAUUUGCCCACCAUCACCAUAACAAUUCCUCUGACAAAGAAAAUUCCCUAGAAUUGUCACCAUUUGGCAGUCCAGAACCACCCAAGGUUCCUCUCCAUACCAGACGCAGUCAUGGGCGCCGACAUCUCUGAGCCUGCUGAACAGAAACUUUUGACCCCAAACUGUCAAAAGUCAGACAUCCCUUUUACAAUCCCAAUCGCAGCUCCCGCUGGUGUGCCUCACAAAGUGAUUACUUACAGCAGCUACUAAUUUACAUUUCGUUUUUAUUUUCGUUUGUCUGUUCUUUUGUUCUUGUAAGAGUGUUUGUCUCACUUUCACUCACUCUCUUUGUGAUGAAUUUCUUUGUUGGGAAGUUUGAAUGUACGUUUGUUGCAGCGAUUGCUGUGAACGACGGUUUUGGUACAACUGUUUAGUAUUUGUACAGUGCAGAGUUGGACAUAAUGUGUAUAAGCAGGUAAGCACAGCAGCUUGUAGCUACUCGCCUCAGUGUCCCUGAAAGUCACUUUCGGAGGCCUUAAUUCUUACCUCAGUCAAGUGAAAUGAGUAAUGGCAGGUGAGGAGAUUCACUCACUAUUGUAAUCUAUGCAACUGCUGUUUCAAGUUGUUUUAUUUUAUUAAAGUGCACUGAUCAGU